AUGAUGUGUAUUAGCAUAGGGAUUAAAACGAAAUCAAUAAUUUACGUGGACAAAUCAAGACUCAGUGAUAAGACCCUGCUAUCAUUUACUUUAGUCGAUAACCAUAUAUUUACCUAUAUAAGAGGAGCCCUUAUCAAUUGUGAUUUGUUGAAUAAUACACCUAUCAGACAUUAUGAAGUUACUAUUAGCGAUUGCCUCUCUAUCGGUGGUUUCGGCUUUGCCGAAACCCAACAUUCCCGGUCUUAUUGA